AUGGCCGAACGUAAGCUGUCCGAACCUGGAGGCUCCAAGGUCCAAAUACCGCCGGCAUCAUUCCCUACACACAAUUCUCCUCGGAUAUGGUUCCUCACUUCUGCGCUAUCGCCAUUAGCAGUGCGGCUGAUGAGGCUGCUACUUGCGCAUGGCGACUAUGUAGCAGCUGGUCUUCCACCUGUGGAAAUCGAGGACGAGGAUCGGAGUGCUGAGUUCAAGGAGUUGAUAAACGAAUGUAAGAGCGGGAGAAAAGAUAGAGAGGGUUGGAAAGAUAGGAUACGUGGAAUACGAUGUGAUGGGAGAGUCAUAGGCCAAUGUGGUGCAGCAGUUGCGGAAGCUGUAGAGGUGUUCGGACGGAUUGAUAUAUUGCUAUGCUGUACUUCAGAAGCUGUCGUAGGUACAGUCGAAGAACUUUCCACCUCCUCCGCAACACAAAAUCUGGUUCGCGACCAGUUCGAAACAGUAUUCUUCUUACAAGUAAACUUCAUCAAAGCAACUCUUCCCCUCUUACGGAAACGCCACAAUGGCCACAUCAUAAUCCUCACUGGUAUCACAGGACACAUCGGAACCCCUGGGAUGCCCAUGUAUAGUGCUGCAACUUGGGCCAUAGAAGGCUACUGCGACUCCCUAGCAUACGAAAUCGCACCCUUCAAUAUCAAACUCACGAUUGUACAGCCAAAUAAGGAAAUCCCAGUUCUGACAAACAAGAUCUCUUUUGCUCCUCAGCUACCUCAGUACGAGAGCACAAAUAACCCAGCGCCAGGAUUAAGAGACAUCUUCACGAAUGUACUGAACAGUCACCCAGACACACGAAUCGAUCCUAGUGACCAGAAAGGAAAGAAUGGCAAAGACGCCAUUGUAUCCCGAUAUCCUCGUCUUCCAAGCGAGGCGCAAGAGCAACUGGUGCUUGAGUCUGUACAUGCACUGACAGCGAUUGGUGGGCAUGAGAACCCGCCGGCGAGGCAUAUUGUGGGAUAUGAGGGUGUAGCAAGUGUGAAAGAAAAGUUGAAAACUGUUAGUGAGGAGUUGGAAGAUUUUGUGGAGGUUAGCUGUGCGGUGGAUAUCUUCAAGAGUGAUGUAGGAAGGGCAGCUUUGAGUGGACCGAAGGUUGAUAUAGUGGGCAAUGCUUCAAUGGGUGGUGUACAGCUAGGUCAGCCCAGUUCCAGCUAA